GGCAGGCUCAAGAGCUGCAUGGUUUUGGGAAAAGGUUUAUGCAUGAAGAAGUGGCUACCCACCACUUUCCAGUUCAGCAGGCACCAGACAUCUUGCCUUGCAGGGGCCAGGAGCAGCUGAUCCACAGUGGGCUGUUUCUUUGAGAGGCAGCAGCUCCAGUUUCAGCUGAAUUAGUGUUUGCCCACUUACCCUCCAAUAUGUGAAAGAAAAAUGCUUCCUAAUGCAUCACCAUGGAAAAGCUGUCAGGCCCUGUUCUAGUCCACUCUUUAUGCCAAUGUAGUGUUGCUCUGUAGAGCUUGUUGUUCACUUGGUGUUCUGUAAAAACUGGUUCUGAAUUUCCAAAGCAGUGGGAUUUAAUCUCCUGCAAAGUACCUACAGGGACUUCACCUUUUCAAGCAUCACUUCUAUUUAUCCCUUUAUGGUUUGCUUUAUGAUGAUGCAAUCCAAAUAGGUAGAGGGAUAUGAGGUGGGAUUCCUCUCACCUAGUUUUCAUCACCUGAAGGAUGAACAUCAAGUUAAAACUCAUCAUCCUCAAUGUGAUCUCUUUUGCUAAUGCAGGAGAGGUGCCUCUCUGAGGUACUGGUCAGCCUCUGGAUGGAAUGAAUUGCCUGCCAGAGCCACAGGUACCUUUGACCAAGCACAUAACUUUUACAUAUGUGAAGUUGCUCACUGUUUGGGGAGCUUUCAGAAAUCUUUUUAGGAUGGCUUUGAAUCCUCCUUUCCUCUUUCUGAUCAGUGCUUGGGAAAUGGACACCCUGGCUUGAGUUAGCAUCAGUGACACCAACUACAUCCUCUCUUUGGCAAGGUCCUAUUUUAAGCUUUUCAUCAGAGGCCAAGCUAUUUGUGUCAUUGUCAAAACUCUUCAAAAGGUCCAGUGACAUUGAUGGUAGGUCUCUUAGAAGCCAAAGGUUCUGCAGUAACAUAAAUAGGAUCAGCAGCACUAAGUGCAGGUGAAAGAAAAGCCAGCUGCACAUCCUUUCUGUCUCCCUUGGCAACAGCAUCCUGCCAACAAAAACUGCUGCCAAGUCAAGGCUGGAGAGGAAGGGAUGUGCAUUUGCAAAGCUGGGGCUGGACAAGCUUUGUGUGAGGAGGGAGCUGUCAGACCAAGGAAUGCUCAUGGGCUUUUAAAAAUAUUUUUGGUUUGUUCUUGUGUUUUUGGACAAGGGAAUGCACAGAGCCUCUGUCCUUAUGAAGAGUUUUCAUCUGAAAUUCCAAACAACAGUCUUUGCAGUUUUGGACCAUAUGUUUCCAUCCAUGACAGCACACAGGGAAGAAAUCUGUGGUGAAUUACUACUUACAGAUGUGGCAAAUCCCCCAGUAAAGGUUAAAAUACGUGGCAUGGUUCUCUUGUUACGCCAGCUGCAGCUUCGUGCUAAAUCAUUGUUUGAGCAGCAAGCUCUUAAUCAGCCCUGAGUUCUAGAAACUGCUAAACAAGCUGAUAUUUUUAAGGACCUUUUCUUUUUUUAUAAUGCACUAAAUAUCUUUAUUUAGAAAAACCUUCAGACUGGAAACAGGGCAAAAAGUGAACUGCAAAUGGCAGGGACAAAAGAAGCAUCAUCACAAAAGUACAGAAAUGCAAAGCAGACCUAAGAUUAUUAUUUGUACUCUGUUUUUCCACAUCCUUCAUGAAAUUAUCAAACCUGUGAAGACAGAGGUUGUGUAGCUGUGGGUGGAAUAUGCUUGUGAUAGAUGCAUCUGCCUUUUCUCCUGAAAGGGACUUUUGUCCCCAAAAGUCAGCAUUGGCGUCACUGUCAGAGUCCCCAUAGCUGCCAGUGCUGCCACACCUCAAACCCAUUGUCACAGCAUCACUUCUUGCAGAUUUGGCCACAGCAUCAAAAAAGAAGUCUGGUGGCAACAUGCUUAUUUUCAAGGCCUGGAAAAAAACGUGGAUGUUCUCACCUGGUAUGGCAAGAGAGAAGAAAGAACUGGCUUUUCUCUCUAGAAAAGUAUUAGAAAUUAAUUUUGUGAGGAGCCCGUGUAACAAACUGCUUGGGCUGUUGCAGCACCCUUGGGUGCAACAGGAUCUCUGAGUCAAAAACCCUCAAGAAUCCCCCAAGUUGUUGCUUUCUUAACAUUUUCCUGUGCCUUUUGAGGGAUUGGUAUUUUGCUGCCCAGGACACAUUUUUGUGCUCUCCAGGCAGGGUGUUCUUCCAGACAGCCAGCUGUGCCAAAGAGACAGAGAGAAACUUUAAAAAAAAAAAUAGAAGAAAUGGAAGAAGGGAGGCAGGAUUAGGAUUUCAGUAAUUACAGGAUCUGUGAACUUCUAUAUGGUUACGAGUUGAAAUUGCCCAUUCACCACUGAGGAGUGAAGAAGUAAAAUACAGAGUGAGCAUUUUGAUGCCAGGGAAGGGAAGGAGAGAGGGUGAUCACUAUUUCAUUCUCUGUAUUUUCCUCUGACAGGAAUAUUAAUAUCAUUAGAAAUAAUUGAAUAAGUGGAAAGUCUGGUGGAGGUGCAGAAGCAGGAGGUAGAUCUGUAAAAUCUAUCCACACACAAAAAGCUAAGCACUGCUCUGGAGGGAGGGCACUCUGCCUUGGAAUAGGGACUGAACAGCCUCACAAGGGCAUGCAGCUGGGGUGCUUGUUGCUGUUUUGUUCCCAGAAAACGAGAACUGCCAGCAAUCCUCUGGCAUCUGAAUAGACUCGUGUCAGACAAACUGUAUCUGGACUUGAUGGGAAACCAAGCUGGAAUACCAAGCAGCCCUUCGAUCUGCUGGCAGAGAGGGGGACUGGCUCAGUAAGUAAUCUUGCCUUGCAGUUGCAAAGGUACUCCAUAAAGGAGUGAGCCCUCUCGCUGCACAGCCCUGCAAGACACGCCUGCCUGGGCUGUCUCUGUCCUCAUUCCUUCAAACCAGUUCCAACAAUAACAGCAACUCCUGCAUGCAACUGCCUCAUUAGAGAGAUCUGUUUUUCCUUUUUCCACUGAGAGAUGAAGCUUCCAAAUCCUUGUGAUGUGAGCAGGUGAGGAUGUCUGCUGACAAGUCCAAAUGAUAUUUUCAGGUGUUCUAUUGAUCUUGGCACUGACAGAAGAGCUGGUGUUUUCUGUUCAGGUACUGUCUCCCACUAUCUCCUCUCAGGGCUUCCCGAGGAACACUACAACUAUCACAGCCAUGGGAACAACACCUCACCGCAAAGACCACCGCACGGCAGAGCCCCUUCCCACGUCUGCUCAAGCCAUGUCCCACCCCAUCAGCCUGGUGGAGAAAGCCCCUUCCACCGGGCAAGAGCAAGAGAGUGGCCCUCGCAUCGGCGAGAAGGAAACCUACCAUUUGUACAACCAGAGUGCUUUGUACUCAGGACAGUCUCGCCCCAAGGGGAAAAUAUUCCAGGUUUUCAAAGGCAACUUCUCAGAGUCGACAGAGCCUUACCUAAAGACAACCCUGCACUCUCCCUUCCCUACCCUGAGGAGCCCUUUCACAGACCACCCGUUUCAGUCCCAGACCACAGCAUCCAGCGAUCCAAAUGGAAUGGGGCUAGCAAGAACUACACACUCAGACCCUUCUCCCCACAGCAACACCUCGGGAAGCCUUAGGGAAGCAGAGCGAGGGGAUGGGACCGAGGUAGUAGUGCAGGAGGCAGAUUUUGCCACCACAACUGCUGGACCAUCAACUGAUCCUGAAGCAGUGUCGGUGCCUUUUAAACCCACCCGCUACGGCAUGUGGGAUAUGCUGAGCAAAAACAACUCUUGGGUAACCUUGAAUCUCAGUACAAAUGUCCCUCUGUUUGCUGGCUCUGGAUCUGCUACAGCAGCAGCUGGUCACUCGGUUCAGACCAGUUUUGACGUCAGCAUCUCAUCCCCGGCAGAGGGAGACCCUGAGGGACACACUCCGACGCAGCACGGCGCGGUGACCAAUGCCACGUUGCCGGGCAGUGCUCUCUCCUCAGUGCCUGCCACCAGCUUGUCCAGCUCCACCUCCACAGCUGGCUCCACCGCCACCGGGAACUUCCUGAACAGACUGGUUCCUGCCGGGACCUGGAAACCAGGUGUGCAAGGAAACAUCUCCCAUGUCACCGAGGGGGACAAACCCCAGCACAGAGCAACCAUCUGUCUCAGCAAGAUGGACAUUGCCUGGAUCAUUCUGGCUAUCAGCGUCCCUAUAUCCUCAUGUUCAGUUCUGCUGACAGUCUGCUGCAUGAGAAGGAAGAAGAAGACAUCUAACCCAGAGAAUAAUCUGAGCUAUUGGAAUAAUGCUAUUACCAUGGACUACUUCAACAGGCAUGCUGUAGAGUUACCAAGAGAGAUCCAGUCACUGGAGACUUCAGAGGACCACCUGUCCGAGCCGCGCUCCCCAGCGAACGGCGACUACCGCGACAGCGGGAUGGUCCUGGUGAACCCCUUCUGUCAGGAAACGCUCUUUGUGGGACACGAGCAAGUCUCUGAAAUAUGACCCCACAGCUGCCCCCGUUCUGCAGUUUCAUCUCUACCGUCUCCAAAUUAUAAAUAAAUAUAUAUAUAUAUUAUAAAUAUAACCUUUGUGUAACCCUGAACUACAAGAAAUGUUUUCAGCUUUUCUUUUGUCCCUCAGAAUUGUCAGCCCCUUUUUUAUAAGUGUGGUAAAACUUUACAGAACAAACUGUGGCUUUAUAAAAUAAAGGUAUUUCUAAGCAAAA